AUGUUGAAAAGACGCCGAGGACAAAACGCGAGCAUAAACCCGGCGUUGGAGCACAUCGAAGUGGACGCGGAUAUUUUGAGAGCGAGCUUAACGUGCGAAAUGUGCAAGAAUAUACUCAGAGAGGCGAACACGGUGACGGAAUGUUUGCACUCGUUUUGCUUCCAGUGCAUUAGCUCGAAGAUGAUCGUCGGGCAAUCGAAUUACUGUCCGGCGUGUGGGUCGUCAGAUUCGAGUUUAGGCGUGAACCCGUUUUUGGACAAGAAGAUUAUCACCGACGGAAGGAAGAAUCACUUGUGUCAAACUUUUAGAGAGAUGUUAGAAGAAAAAGAAGUAGUAGAAGAUGGAAAAGGAGAGAAAGAAGGAGGAGAGAAAGAAGGGGAGAAGAAAGGAGAGGAGCAAGCGUCUAUGGAGGAAGCAUAG